UCAGGCUUGUAUUAAAACCUGGAAUGGGAGAAACUGCUGGGCAAUAGCAGUCUUGUGUCCAUACCUGAAAAGCAUCUGAAGACCAGCAGCAACUGGUGAUGGGGCAGGAAUCAUAAUACUGAUACUCUUAUUUACAAAUAAUUAAAUGCUGGUGCCAAAAACCUGAAUAGUAAUGGAAGACACAGAUGAGCAGAGGAAUUUUACUCGGACUCAGAGGCUGAAAGCUGCUGUCCACUACACUACUGGCCUCUUGUGCCAAGAAGUGGCAGAAGACAAAGACAUGGAGUUCCGCAAGCAAACCAUAGCAGCCAUUGCGGAAACUACAUUCAGACAGUGUGAGAUUUUUGCCAGAGACCUUGAAGCAUUUGCAAGGCAUGCAAAGAGAACCACAGUAAAUGCUGAAGAUGUGAAACUCACUGCCAGGAGAAGCAACGCUUUGUUCAGUUUUAUCACGCAAAGGAGCGAGGAACUGGUUUCCAGUAACCAAGAACAGAAGGAGAAAAGAAAGAAGGCUGGUGGGAAAGCAAAAAAAAGAGUGAUGCUCCAUUGGAGUCUGGAAUGGAUGAAGGUGAGGACUCCAAUAUGGCUUAAAACCUCUCUGGUAUACGGUCAUACCCAACACAGUGGGCAGUGCCUGCAUUAUGACUGUCAUCAGCUAUCUGAACCCAACGUUCCAGCAUUUAGCAGAGGAGACAGUAUCUCAUGUCAUCUGCAAAGGAUAUUAUUGAUAGUAUAAACUGAAAAUAUGAACAUAACAGAACAUGUAUUUGAUAAUAUUAGGGUGAAUUGAAAGCAGCCUUAUUUCAAGAUUCUAAGCUUGGUAGAGUGUCUUUGUGAUAAAAUGACCACGAAGUGGAA